AUGAGUGGCACGUCAAUGACAACUGGGUGGCACGUCAGUGAAAAUGAGUGGCACGUCAGUGAAAAUGAGUGGCACGUCAGUGACAAUGAGUGCCGCCCUACUGAAAAUGAGUGGCACGUCAAUGACAACUGGGUGGCAAACAAAGAUGACAAGUUUGCCAAAGUUCGCUCUGUUAUGUGCAUGCUGAACGAGCGAUGGCUUCGUUACUUCCCAGGUGACAUUUACUUAUCCAUUGAUGAAUCCAUGGUACCUUAUUUUGGAAGGCACGGGUUGAAACAACAUAUCCAUGGGAAGCCUAUCCGAUUCGGAUAUAAAGUUUGGAUAUUAGCUACAAGGUUAGGCUACGCUAUUCAAGCGGAACCGUAUCAGGGCAAAGCGACUGGAGCAACUAUUCCUGAGCUCGGGACCAUAAGGGUAGACAGAGUUGAGGAUGCCCCUCUUCGUAAACCUCAAGAUCUCAAGAAAGAACCAAGAGGUACUUUCCAUCAAAUAACUGACACAGACACCAACAUAACACUUGUAAGAUACAUGGACAACAGUGUUUUUACUAUAGCGUCGACAGCAACAGGCGUUCAUCCUGAGGGGAAAGCAAAGCGUUGGUCCUCUAGCAAUAAAAAACACAUCGUUGUGCCACAGCCAAACUGUGUCAAUUGCAUUCUGAGAUCAGAGCGUGAAGCAGUUCACUCUACUGGACAUCUGGGUUGCGCGUGGGUUGGGUUACGGAUGACGGAUGGUCGUGGCGCACCGCACUUAAUCCGAUCCUUCUGUAUUGUCUUGAGGAAUCUCUGGGUCUGGAAGACUGCCAAAGACUGGAAGGUCAAGUGCGACGACACCCGGAGAGGUUAA